UUUUUAAUACCUGUGUAGUAAUGGAAGUAUCAAAGCCUAAUGCAAGGAUGAGUAAGCGAAUUCUCAGCAAUGAUAUCACUAAGUGGAUUUCAUCUCAUACACACUGCAAGAAUUCAGACUUCUCCGCUAACCAAACUAUCGAAGAGAAAGAGAACUCUAUUCGAAGAAUUAUUACCAAUAAGAAGGAAGCUGAUAGCUUCGUCAGUCCAGUGAGGGUGAUGCGAAAGAAAAUGGGUAAACUUUCAACCUUUGCUUCGAAAAAUAUCAGAGUAUUCUCUGUCAGCAGAAAUAAGAAAUUUGAAAAUAGGUUAUCUCCCUUUUCAAAUCGGUCGAAGGAAGAUGUCCCAAACACUAAUAAAUCCCAAAUGUUGUCAAGCACAGUGGAAAGGCGCACUAUCGACAUGAGGCAAUACCUAACGUUGAAGAAAAGGAAAGCUAACGCUAACAACUUAGAUGAACUGAGUAAAUCAUUUCAACAACAAGUUGAUUUGCCGAAGAAGAUUAGAAUUUUCAGUCAGGAGUGCUUAGAGAAGAUGCCGGUGGCUCAGAAUUUUGCUGACAAGUUCAAGAAAAAUCAGGAUGAUAGUGACUCCUCAAUGAAUUCUUGCCCUAAUACCAUUAAAAGAAAUUUAAAGAGUAAAUUCUUAAUUCCUUCAAAAAUUAAGAGCAAGACUGAUAAAUUCAUGAAUAGGCACUUAAAAGGCCAGAAAAUCAGCGCAAAUAUGAAGUCCAUUCAGCUGAAGCUAAAUCAACAAAGACAGAUGCCCAAAAGAAGACUAAAGAUCAAGAAAAAUCUGAAGAAUAUUAUGCCAAAUUUGACUUUCCUCAGUGAGUUAGGAACUCCUAAGUAUCUGAGCCCAGAGCCUUCUGGUCAUAAGAGCUAUUUUAGAGGGAUUGUUAGCCCAUAAGACUUAAAUAGUUGUUUGCUGUUCUAAGUA